CGUAGUUGUUUCUCUCUCUAGGGUUUCACUCUCCACCACCAUACCUCAAUCGGAUCGCUGCCGUUCACGGCGUCAUUCCGAUAACUCGGCAGCAUGAAGCUCACAGUGAAGACUUUGAAAGGGAGCCAUUUCGAAAUCAGGGUUCAGCCCUCCGACACUAUUAUGGCUGUCAAGAAGAAUAUCGAAGAUGUACAAGGCAAAGAUAAUUACCCAUGUGGACAGCAAUUGCUGAUUCACAAUGGCAAAGUUUUGAAAGAUGAAACUACAUUAGUAGAGAACAAAGUCUCCGAAGAUGGCUUUCUUGUUGUCAUGCUUAGUAAGAGUAAAACAUUGGGUUCUGCUGGGGCCUCAUCUGUUCAGCCUGCUAGCAACCCUCCUACAAGUGUACCAACAUCAAAUUCCGCACCUGCUCCUGAACCUCCAGUACCAACUCAGGCUGCAAACAACAGUACAUCUGGCCUAGACUCCACGACUACAAAUGUGUCUGCAGAUACUUAUGGUCUGGCUGCUUCAAAUUUAGUUGCUGGUAGUAAUCUUGAGCAAACUAUUCAACAAAUUAUGGACAUGGGCGGUGGCAACUGGGACAGGGAUACAGUUACUCGUGCUCUUCGGUCAGCUUAUAAUAACCCAGAGCGUGCUAUAGAUUACUUGUAUUCUGGAAUCCCUGAAGCAGCAGAAGUUGCCGUACCAGUUCCUCACUUUCCAGGCAGUCAAACAACUGAAACAACUGGGGUCUCUGCUGGAGCAGUUCCUGGGGCACCUAACUCAUCUCCUUUAAAUAUGUUUCCCCAGGAGACGAUUUCUGGUACUGGUGCUGGACUUGGAUCUCUUGACUUCCUUAGAAACAAUCCCCAGUUUCAAGCAUUGCGUUCAAUGGUGCAAUCCAAUCCACAAAUUCUACAGCCUGUGCUUCAGGAACUUGGUAAGCAGAAUCCCAAUCUUUUAGGACUGAUUCAAGAGCAUCAUGCGGAGUUUCUCCAGUUGAUAAAUGAACCUGUUGAGGGUUCUGAAGGGGAUAUAUUUGGGCAGCCUGAGCAAGACAUGCCUCAUGCUAUCAAUGUGACUCCAGCUGAGCAGGAGGCAAUUGGAAGGCUUGAGGCAAUGGGAUUUGAUAGAGCAUCAGUCAUAGAGGCAUUUUUGGCAUGUGACCGUGAUGAGCAAUUGGCUGCCAACUACUUAUUGGAGAAUGCUGGAGAUUUUGAGGAUUAAAUCACUAACCUAUAGACAUCGAUUCAUAGUUUUGUUCGGCUCUUUUUUUUUUUUUUUUUGUUAAAGAAAAAAAAAAAAAAAACUGAAUUGUGUCUUUAUUGGAAAAUUUAUUGGGUAGAGUUUGUAUUUGGAUUUCGGUUGACAUUAUGUCAUCGAAACAACAGACUAUUACAAUUGAUUUUAGAAUCCGGUUUUUAUGCUAAUGUGAGUUGUCUUCGCUGAUGAAGUA